GAGGCGUCAUGGUGAGGCCGGGGUCCUCCGCCGCGGACGCCGCGGCUGAACGACAGAAAAAGCUGCAGGAAUACCUAGCAGCCAAGGGAAAACUGAAGAACCAAAAUACCAAGCCUUACCUAAAAGCCAAGAAUAAUUGCCCAAAUCCACCACCUUCUAAAUCUACCAUUAAACCCAAAAAGGAUGUUACCAACCAUGCUGUUUUGCCUGUCAAAGCUGCAAGGCCCAUCAGCAUUAAACCCCAGUCUAGACCAGCUAAUAUAACAGUGUCCCAGAAGCCAAAGUUAGAGGCACCCAAACUAGUGGGCAGAAGUCUGACUACAAGAGGUGUUUCUUCUAACUCAAACUGUAAACCUUCCAGCAAGAAUCACCAGCAGCAUGAAGCUGGAUCAUCUGCUAAAGGAAAGCCCAUGAGGUCACCUAAUGCACAGGGACUGACAACUGCAAAGCAGCAGAUAACAGGUCAGGCAAAUGCAAAGCACACAGGUUCUGUGGGUGCCACCCACGUUGAAUGCAAAUCUUUGGAUGGCCUUCUCAUAGAGUUGAACAAAGAGAACAUACCUCAAACCUUAUCAGAACCUAAGAAGCCAGAUCCUACAUUGUGUAGCACAAACAAGGCAAGGAUUAACUCUUACAAUCAAACCAAGAGUAACUUGACUGGUAAACAAGUUUUGGGCAAAAGUUUGGAGAAUAGUGCUAUUCUGAAAGAUAAGGUUAAUAAGCAUUUUGUUAGAAAAACACAAAUAAGGACUCUCCCAGCAAAGUUACAGCAACUCUCUAAAGGAGCAGAGUUUGCAAGACCAGAAAAGCCCUCAAGGACAGUUCCCUCUCACUUCGUUCAGACCCUUAGUAGGACUCAAGCACCAAAGAAACCAGAGAUCAAGAACAUAAAGGAUAUAAAGGUUAACAAGGGUAAAUAUGAACUAUCAAAAGUAACUAAGGUGCAGUCAUACACUAAUACUGAAGAGAAACUAAAACAUGCCAACACCAGGCCACGCCCCAGUUCACUGCAGGGAGGACCUACCAACCGACCUCCAAACAUCAAGCAAGAUCAGAAGACAGCACAACCUUGUUUUAGGUCCCAGACAAGUGUACUGCAAAGAUCAAAAUCCAUAAGCCGGAGGCCUAAUUUGACCAACUUCAACUCAGUCAUUCCAACCACUCCUGGCAUAAGGGCAAAUAGAACCAACAGCUUUCAACAAAGAGCACAGACUGUGGGCCCCAAGUUGAAAAAGACUUUUCCCCCAAAGCAUUUCCUGAGCAAGACAGCUCCCAAAACUCAAGCUAGUAUUACAACCGGAAAUGGGAAAGGAAUUCCAAAUAGUACCCAAACUAAUCCCAAUAUUAAAAAGACAACAGCAGAGGAUCGAAGAAAACAGCUAGAAGAAUGGCAGAAAUCUAAGGGGAAAAUCUAUAAACGGCCCCCUAUGGAAAUUAAAACAAAAAGAAAAGUCAUAGAGCAAAUGAAUAUUUCAUUCUGGAAGAGCAUGGAAGAAGAAGAGGAAGAAAAGAAAGCACAGUUGAACCUGUGCAAUAAGAUUAACAGCACUCUGGCAGAAUGUCUGAGGCUCAUUGAAGAGGGUGUACUUUCUAAUGAAAUAUUUGCCAUUUUGUCCAACAUUCCUGAGGCUGAAAAAUUUGCUAAAUUCUGGAUCUGCAAAGCAAAGCUAUUGGCAAGAAAAGGCACCUUUGAUGUCAUUGGGCUAUACGAAGAGGCCAUUAAAAAUGGAGCAAAACCAAUACAAGAGUUGCGGGAAGUUGUUCUGAAUAUUUUGCAAGAUCAAAACAGAGCUACACAAGGAACUGCCUCUGACUCUUUAAUUGCUGCAACUAAUACCAGAUCGAUGGAAGAGCUGUCAAGGAAAAUGGAACCUGGAGAGUCCUGUCUUCCUGUAGAGGACAAGGACCAAGUUCCAGCAACACCCCAAAUACCUGAGGCAGGACAGGAUAAUCAUCCUGGUAUCAAGUUACAGAUCUCCUCCAUCCCUAGGAUUGAGCGAGCCGUGUCCCGCUACCCGGAAAUGCUGCAGGAGCACGACUUGGUGGUGGCUUCUCUUGCCGAGCUAUUAGAAGUGGAAGAAACAGAGUGCUUUGUAUUCCGUAAAAAUGAAGCCUUGCCUGUGACACUGGGGUUUCAACCCCCAGAAUCAUAAAAUUUCUUGAUGCUUUUUAAACAAAAAACAAAACAAAAUUCUUUCAGAGUCUCCAAAAGACUCCUUAUCCUGAUGACCUAAAAAAGCUCAUGUAACAGCAAGACAUC